AUGGCGAAGCCUCCUCUCAAGGCUAUUGAUGGUGAGCUCCUUGCCAACCCAACUAUCUUUCGUGAACUUGUUAGGUCACUCCAGUACCUCACCAUCACACGCUCAGACAUUUCUUUCGCCGUUAACUCUAUUGCCCAGUAUAUGAGUCAGCCUCGUACCACUCAUCUCAUUGUUGCCAACAGAAUUUUGUGCUACAUCAAGGGUAUUCUUGAUCAUGGACUCUCAUUUCGUCCUCAACAUCAUCCGGUGCAUCUUUUUGCUUACUCAGACGCAGAUUGGGCUGGCUGCUUUGAUUCUCGCCGCUCCACCUCUGGUUAUCUUGUCUAUCUUGGUUCAAAUUUAAUAUCAUGGUGCUCCAAGAAGAAACCCACUGUGGCUCAUUCAAGUGUUGAACAAGUGCUGAAGAUGAGUAUCGCUCUCUUGCACAUGCCUCGACUGAAACAACCUGUUUAG